UCUGAAAGGCACAUGCCCAAACCGGAAACAGUCUCUUUGUGUUACCGUUGUUCAGCAGCACUUUCACCAGGGAAACUUUACAAUGCCGCCUUCAGGUGCCACUCGGAAAUGUAAGAUACUUUACGAAGGCUGAGUUCGAGCGUCUUUACUUGCUUAUAAAAACAUGACCAUUACAAAGACAGUAGUAUUAUUAACUAAAUACUGGCCACCAUGUAAUUGUAUGUGCCACGGGAACCUCGACAGUUUUUGUUUACAGUCUGUUUUUUAAAGGGUGAGUAACGACCUUAUUUAUUUCCACUUUUAACGUCCAUCCGAUUGGUCAAGAAAAUAAAGCAAACCUCAGUACACCUCGUUCUACUGGCUGAGCAGGCGCGUCAGUAACCCAACGUUUCUAAAGCACCGCCCCCGAGCGAAAAGCUAGUGUGCGGCUCUUUCACUGGCUGUGACACAGUAAUGCCCUUCCCUGGCGCCCUGGAUGCCCACGGGUAAUACAUCUACAAUCAAGACAUUGGACACGCGUGGAGUGGAAGCUCGGGAGUGGAUGACGAUAGACGGUUCAUCAGCAAGCUCUGAGCUGGCUGAUCUCAGAGCAGAGAGGACACCUUGUACAGGGCGAACGUGAAGGCGUUUACAGUUCUGAGAUGGCAUUCAAACAAGCAAACGCGAUGUCCAUCGCCCAGGCGUUGGCCAUGACUGUAGCAGAGAUACCAGUGUUUCUGUAUUCCACAUUUGGGCAGUCCAUAUUUUCUCAGCUGAAGCUUUCCCCGAACUUGAAGAAGGUGCUGUUUGCCACAGCGCUGGGCAGUGUCGCCCUGGCUCUCACCGCUCAUCAGAUGAAAAGGCGGGGGAAAAGGAAGCAGGUAACACAAGGGAAGGAGGGCCAGAAGACGGUGGGAAUACCUGAGGCGCUGAUGAAGACGGGAAGACCCUCGUCAUUUAAGAGAGGCCCGUUUACUGGCCGACCGAUGAUGAGUCCCAGCACUCGGAGCAAUGACACCAUGAGCGGAAUUUCAUCCCUUGCACCCAGUAAACACUCAAGUUCCUCACACAGCCUGGCAUCUAUACGGGUCCCAAACUCUCCAAAUCAGGCAGCCAAUCCAUCCAACCCCUGGGAAGCGGAGCCCGUGGUGGAAGAGUCAGGGGCAGUUGAGGAUGCAAAUGCUGAGAAUCUCUAUAUAUUGGGGAUGGAGCUCUUUGAGGAAGCUCUACGAAAGUGGGAACAGGCCCUGAAUAUUCGCCAUCCCGCCCACUCGACCUCCAGCAACAGCAGCCUCGCUCUGCAGGGGGCAACGUGUGAGGACUUUCCAAUGGUUGAAAGUCGUAAUAAUGUGUUUGCUGAGAAGUUGGAGACUCUACUGCACAGGGCGUACCACCUACAAGAGGACUUUGGCAGCAGUAUCCCAACAGACAGCGUGCUGGCAGAUUUUGAGAGUGAAGGAACUCUUAUCUUGCCUCAAGUGGAGAGCUACCACAGGCUGCAGGAUGAUGAUGCGACGACGGUUACCUCCGACGAGACCUUUUUCUCGGCUGCAGAGCUGUUCGAUACAAUGUCUCUAGAAGACGUCUACCAGCCACUUAAACCUGCAGCUCUCUAUGAAGAAGCCUUGACUCUGGUCCGGGAGGGCAGAGUGUCCUAUAGGUCUCUGAGGACUGAAUUACUUGAAUGUUUCGGUGACCAAGACUUCCUUGCCAAGCUUCAAUGUGUGAGACAAGCAUUCCAGGUCCUGUUGAUAGAUGAAACUCAUCGCACAUUCUUCAUGGAGACGGGGAAGCAGAUGAUUGCAGGGUUAAUGGUGAAGGCAAAUAAGAGUCCCAAAGCCUUCCUGGAGAGCUAUGAGGACAUGCUGCUUUACACCAAGAGAGAAGAAACGUGGACCGUCACAAAGAUGGAGCUCGAGGGUCGAGGGGUGGUGUAUAUGAACUUUUUCGACAUCGUAUUGGACUUCAUCCUAAUGGACUCAUUUGAAGACCUGGAGAACCCUCCCUCCUCUGUGGUCGCCGUGUUGAGGAACCGCUGGCUCUCUGACAGCUUUAAAGAGACGGCUCUGGCAACUGCUUGCUGGUCUGUCCUUAAAGCGAAAAGGCGUCUUCUUAUGGUUCCUGACGGGUUUAUCUCCCACUUCUAUGCCAUAUCGGAACACGUGAGCCCAGUUUUAGCGUUUGGGUUUUUGGGACCCAGGCAGCACCUCAGUGAAGUGUGCACCAUUUUCAAGCAACAAAUCCUGCAGUACCUGAAGGAUAUGUUCGAUCAUGACAAGGUCCGCUUCACCUCGGCUCAGUGCUUGGCCGAGGACAUCCUGAACCUUUCCCACCGCCGGAGUGAGAUUUUACUCGGGUACCUGGGAAUCAGCGGCCUCCUGGAGCUCAAUGGGGCCCCGCCGAGAGACACAGAGGGCACUUCAGAGCCCAACUGAGACUCCUCGGGUCCGACUUUUGGGGACUUGUGUCCGCCUGGUUUGGUGACAUGGAUACUUUCCUUCAACACACCUGAAUAGAGCGCUCCCAACACGGGGAAGACCAGGCCGUCUACACUAUCAUUUCACACGGAGCGAGUCUCUCUGAACGAGAGGUUGCAUUGUAACCUUCCAUUCAUCGGACUUGUGGAACAUCAUAGUCGUCAUAAUCAUGUAAAAAAAAAAAAAAGUGCGUUUGUAGGUUUAUACUAAAGGGGCAAGGAUAUUAGAGGGAAAAAGCAUAAUAAUUCCUGGCAGGCUUGGCCAGCUGAAGACUUGAAGGACUUUAAAAGAGUUUGUCUCCUCCUUUAAUCUGAAGAAGUGUUUAUUUAAUCCUUUUUGGUUUAAUUGCGCAAGCUUAGAUGUCACAUAUCCAAGAGACUGUUUUUAAAAAUGCAAAAAGAUACCGUGUAAAAUUAGUAAAGUGUGUUACAAUGUUGCUCAUAUUGAAGUUUGAUUAUCCCAAAGUGUUGCGUCGACCCCACGGCUGUCUUCUCUUCCAGCUAGGAUGAAACAGUUUUGUAAAGAUUGACGUGCCUCCGAUUUUCUCUGGCAAUAGAUGAAAAUUAAUAUUAAUUUUUAGGUGCCACAGAGAAAGAAACGACCCAAUAACCCAAAUGUUACUUAAAGCGGUAACACCUGUGCUUUUCCUGUCAAAAUAUCUUCUGUGAAUACCUUUUUUUCGGGGGGUGGAAACGGUUCUAAAUGUUCAGAAACACACGUGGAUAUUUUCCAUAAACACAUUUUCAAAUUGACCCAACCUCUCAAUCAAACGGUGCCAUCUACUAGUUUUUGCGGGCAUUGCACAGUCCGACUGUACCCGACAUAAGUGCACUGAUGAACACGUGACUGCGCCUCGUUUUCCUGUUGUUGUUCCAACGUAUUGGAGCUCAGAGAUGCCAAGAAGAAAACUGAGUUUAUUUCUGCUGAGCCCAACAUUGAUGACUGGUUUUGUUUGUUUGUUUGUUGAAGAAACGGUCAAAUACUGGACUAUCUGAAUGAAAUUUGAUGAAAAGAUUAUUUAUUUGAACUGUGUGUGUGUGUGUGUGUGUGUGAGAGAGAGAGAGAGAGAAAAGAGAAUACAUUUCUGUCAAAUAAUUUUUUUUGGGGGGGGGGUCUUUAUAGUUUUAUCAUACACAUUAAUUAUAAUCAUACGUUUUUGUGGUCUUUAUAAUCCAAAUCCUGCUCUUGUUGCAACACGUCUCUCUGAAGUUCAGAUGUUCACGGUCACAGAAACGGCGUUGUGUUCAGAGUCGGCAUUAUGGGAUGUAUCUCUGUUUCGGUCCAGCAUUUGCAUCAAACUGAAUCGAGCUUCUACUGGACAAAAAAAAAAAAAAAAAGACGCUUUUUGUUUUGCAAAUGUGCAGCUUUGGGUUUUGAAGCAUUUUGCACUUUAUUAUAAAAAGCAGAAAGAAACAGGAAUGUCCCACAACCCUUUUUUAUAUAAUCAGUUUGAGAGUUUAUCUGUACAAAUAUAGACGUAUGUAAUGCAUCAUAGAACUGACAUACUAUUGAUAACAUUAGGCUUAAAUGAUGUACAGUAUAUGGAAACUAUCUUUCCUAGGAGCAAAAAAAUAUAUAUAUUUUACAGAAGUUCUUUAUUCUGGUUACUUUCCAAAAGUUUCAUGUUUUCGUCUCCCAUGUUUGAAAAUGUUCAAAUUCUCACAUUUUUUUACUUUUUUUUUUUUUUUGACUGCUUGUCCUGUCCAAUCCAUUCUCCCUAAGUUGUGGUCCCGUCAAUGUAGACGACCAAGUAUAUUUGCAACAGUGUCAAUCAUGCAAGUGGAUGCAAUUAUGGAAAACUGCUAAUGCGUAAGUCUUGCGUUGUGCUUUUUCCUCGGGCCUGAGCGAGAAUGAUCAGAGAGGAUGCAUGUUAGUCGAGCUUCUCUGAAAUGCAUCAAUCGGUGUGUCUUUGCAACUCUUAAUCGUUGUUCGGUUUGAAAAAUCUAGGAAGAAAAAAAAUAAAGUUAGGAAGACGUUAACUCAUAACGACUUGAAUGUCAGAAUUUAAGAAUGAACUCUCAUGAAUAUAUAUAUAUAUAUUCUAUAGAUCGUAGAGUUUUUUUUGAGGAUUUCACAUGGCCAAAAUCAAGAAAAUGACUUUUUGUUUCACUGCUGUACAUUACAAGUGUCCUCUUCAUGCCUUUUUUUUGGUCUUUUCUAUUGUUUAAAUUAAAAUGCCAGCACAAACUGUAAAUUAAUUUUGAUUCUCCAUGUUAAAUGUGUUUUGGUUUUGUUAUUAAACCAUACGUUUAUUAUGCCUUUUCCCAAACGGA